AUGGUGGAGGAAGAAGAAAAAACUAGCAGUUCAGCGCAAUCAGGCAAACACCUCCUGGAUGAGAAAACUUCUCCCAUUCCUGUAUUGUCCUUUUCCAAUGAAAAUGAGAAAAUAAAUGAAGUAUUACCACGAGAAUAUACUGCAGAAAAUACUCAACAAUCAUCUCUACGAAAAGUGAUCAGAAAUGAAAUAAUAGAAACAAGUGAUUAUUCGGGACAAAAAAUCACUGCGGAUACCAAUAGCAGAUUGGGAAGAGCGGGUGAAGAUUAUGGUGAUAGAAAUGAGAUCCAUCCAUCUGCAAUGACAAACGAAACACAAGAAUCAGGAACGGAUCAGGAUUUUAACGUUCACGAAUCAGAGGCGAGCAAAGAAGGAAGCAAAGACGGAAGUAAAGAGGGAAGCAAAGAAUAUGGAAUAGGUUUCAAACUGAAUAAGAAAAACAACAGUGUAGAACAGACGCAAAUCGAUUCGGAAGAGCCAAAAACGUGCCGAAAAAUGUCACUCCGAGCGACACUUGUGCAUGCUAAGACUCGCAUUGGUACUCACGCUGACGACCGCACAAUCAGAGGUGAAAGGGGAUUCCUGAAAAGUAUCGAAAAACAUAAAAAUCGUCGUUUGGAGAGGUUAUGCAUUUGUCCUGUAACCAAAUGGCUCUUGUUCAAGGAAAGAAUUAUGCGUCUCAACAUUUCCUUGGUUAGAGUGAAGCGCUUUUUUUGGAUUAUCUGUUGUCCUCCACUCUGCUACAUUAUGCCUCAGGUAGCAUUUUGGCCUCCUCCAAAUGAAUAUUUCUUUUACAUCGAUGACGGUCCUCCAAGAAUAAAAAAAGAUGUAGAAGGUCACAAGGAGGCUGUGGAAAUCGCGGAACGAAAGAAGAAGUUCUUCAAAGUUUUUCAUGCGAACAAGAAAGCAUCAGAACGGCUCGAUUGGCGAAUUGGACAUAAGCAUCCAUGCGCCGAUGAUAUUGAUAACGUUGAAGCAUUCGUUGUGAAAACGAAGAAAAACAAUUACAUCGCAUGCGUGCGGAUCCGAUCUCCGGGAAUAAGUAGAUAUUCGAUAUUGUACUCACAUCCUAACGCUAGUGAUUUAAGUGAUCAUCUUAUGGGAGUUCCGAAUCUGCAGGAUUUGGCAAGUUACGUACGAUUUCACAAAUGUGACGUGUACUCUUACGAUUACAGUGGAUAUGGAAUUAGUUCUGGUCAUCCGAGUGAAUCGAACCAAAAAGCUGAUAUAAGAGCUGUUUAUGAUCAUAUGCUUUGUGAGCGAUCUUUAAAACCCAAACAAAUAGUUCUUCUUGGAUAUUCGAUAGGUUGCUUUGCCUCAAUACACCUGGCAUGUUCAAUUCCUGAACCUCCGGCCGGGAUUAUUUUGCAAGCACCUCCUACGUCACUGAUCAGAGUAUUGCUAUGGGAAAGAGCUUGCCUUAAGCAGCCUUUCAAGGAACAUUCAUGCUGUGCGGAUCGUUUUUCUAUCUAUGAACAAAUCUGUAAUGUCCGAAUUCCUGUGCUCGUAAUUCAUGGAGAAGAUGAUCGAACUGUACCUCUUGUACAUGGAAAAGCUAUUUGUGAAAGAGCAGUGAAUCGAGCUUCUCCUCUCUGGCUGAGAGCUAAUCAUGACAACAUCGAAAAUUGUCGUGAAACAUGGAUACGCAUCAGAAAUGAGAUGAAAAAAAUGUCCGAACCGAAAGAAGAAUUGUAA